AUGAUGUCUAGUGUGCGCGACUACGCGCUGAGCAACUGGAGACAAGAGACCAUUGUUUUACUUUGCCAAGUCUUUUUGCGUGCAAAUUUGGAAAUGUGUCACUCUUACGCUGCUCCGGAACCAGUCAUCGAGUUUAUCAAUCGUGAGACAAUGGCCUUGAUCAUCUUUAUUUUUGAUGAGAAGGAAUGUGUCAAUACCAUCGACGACACUGAGAUACGGGGAUGGAUACGUCUCUGCAUUGAGGAGCCUGCUCAGGUGUUCGUGCCGCUAGGCCGUGAAGUGGCUGAAAGAUGGCUCAUCGACUCCUGGGAUCCAGUUUUCUGCAUGUUCACCGUACUUGCUGUCGUUAAUGUUCUCCAUGGAGAGGACCCCCCUGUAUUGACAGCUGUCCCGCCUAUUGACACUAUCCUAGAAGUUGCCAGGUGGGCGCAGUUUGAAGAGAACGCGAUCUGGCACCACCAUGUUGGGUCUUGUCUAAGCUUCUUUGAGCAUUACGAUGCGGCCAUUGAGCAGCUGAAUACCGCACUGGCUCUAGAGCCAAUAUGGCGAGCCAAACGGAAUCUUGCUGAGGUCUAUUGGAAAAAGGAUCGUUUGAAAGAUUCCCUUCGAUUGUUUAGAGAGGGCGAAGCGCAAUACGCACCGCCGCCUACGAACCUUCGUACCGAGCACGGAAUUCAUGAUUUUGAAAAGGAGAAGGCUCGCGACCUAGCUGAGCUCCGCAAGAAAAUGGGCUUACUUUAUAUUCAGCUGGGAGAUCACUCAAGCGCCACAUGUUCGCUUAUGAGAUCCAUCGAGCUUUGGGAUUUUGUUCACAUCUGCACCCCUGUGUUCCUUAUUAUUCGUGCUCUAGUUGCAUCAAAAUCCUCGCGAGACGAGAGGAUAUUGCAGGUGCUCAAGAUGGUUGACCGGGAUCCUUGGUCUUAUAAUGAGACUGUUUUGUCCCGGGCUAUGAAGCGCAACUUCGAGGACUGGGACUGUUGGGACAACACCCAGCUUCCCCUGGUAUAUGCCGUCUCCGCGAAACGAUGUAAUGACCUUGAAUGGCUGGAGUGCAAGUAUCAGACCCUGAUCGAAGAAAAUAGCGGGCGGGAUAUCGAUAUGAUAUGUCUGAACGAGUCACUGGCUCACCUAUAUGACAGAUUUCUGGGUGAGGAAGGGAAAGCCAUUCUGAUUUGGAAGAGUAUCAUAGCCCAAUACAGGGUUCCCGACUCAAUCCGGUACGAAACUUUCUGCAGAGCAAGAAAUCGUGCUGUUGCGGCCUACGGAUACCGGCUCUUGGCCAACGGUCUGAACUGGGAACGCCCAAUCUCUUAUCAUAUCGGAGCUCGAGAAGAUCUGCGACACCGAGAUUCAGUCCCUGGCGAGCAAUAA